GUAUUUCUUGAAUGUGUGCCAGAUUAUUGGCGUGAAAUUGCUUGUCGUGUGAUUCGUACUACUAAAAAAUUGGGUAUAAAGACUGUCGCAGUUUAUAGCGAAGCAGAUAAAUAUUCGUUACAUGUUAAAAUGGCAGAUGAUGCAUAUUUAAUUGGACCUGCACCUUCUUCAGAAAGUUAUUUAAAUAUCGAAAAGAUAAUUGCUGUGGCCAAAGAAAGUGGUUCACAGGCUAUUCAUCCAGGAUAUGGAUUUUUAUCAGAGAAUGCAAAUUUUGCAGAGCGUCUCGCAAAUGAAAAAAUCACAUUUAUUGGUCCACCAGCAUCAGCAAUGAUUUCUAUGGGCUCAAAAAGUGAAUCGAAAGAUAUUAUGAUUGCUGCUAACGUUCCUGUCGUUCCAGGAUAUCAUGGAACAAAUCAAGAUCCUCAAUUCCUUAAAGAACAAGCAUCAAAAAUUGGAUAUCCAGUUUUAAUUAAAGCUAUAAAAGGUGGAGGAGGAAAAGGAAUGCGUAUUGUUUAUGAUCAAUCAGAAUUUGAAAUUCAACUUGAAUCAUCUAAAAGAGAAGCUAUAAAAUCUUUUGCUGAUGAUCAAGUUCUUAUUGAAAAAUAUCUUGAAACACCACGUCAUGUUGAAGUACAAAUUUUUGCAGAUACGCAAGGAAAUGCUGUACAUCUUUUUGAAAGAGAUUGUUCUGUUCAAAGAAGGCAUCAAAAAAUUUUAGAAGAAGCUCCAGCACCAGAAUUAAGUAAAGAAAUAAGACAAGAACUUGGUGCAAAGGCUGUUGCCGCCGCUAAAGCUGUUAAUUAUGUUGGAGCAGGUACCGUUGAAUUUAUAAUGGACAAUAAAGACAAACGAUUCUAUUUUAUGGAAAUGAAUACAAGAUUGCAGGUGGAACAUCCUGUGACAGAAAUGGUUACUUCUACAGAUUUAGUUCAUUGGCAAUUGGAGGUAGCAUCAGGAAAUCCGUUACCCGUGACGCAAGAUGAACUUUUCCUUGAUGGUCAUGCAUUUGAAGCUCAAACUGGGUUUGAGCAAGGAGAUGAAAUUAAUGUUUAUUAUGAUCCUAUGAUUGCGAAAUUAAUUACCAAGGGCGCGAAUCGUACAGAAGCAUUACGUAGAUUAAGAACAGCCUUGCAAGAAUAUGAAAUCGUUGGAUUGAAUACGAAUAUUGAAUUUUUGAAAAGAGUAGUUUCACACCCUGCUUUCACACAAGGAGAAAUUGAAACUGGAUUUAUUAAGAAAUAUGAAAAGGAAUUAUUUGCACCUGAUCCAGAAGUAUCACCUCAUAUUAUUGCCCAAGCUGCUUUGUCAUUAAUCUUGAAGGAGCAUCAAGAAUUAAAGAAAGUUACUAUAGGAUCAUUUGAUCCGUAUUCACCUUGGACAUCGUACCCUGGAUAUCGUCUUAACACAAUAUAUGAACGAAAUAUUUUAUUCAAUGACCGAAAUGAUGAUCGUAUAUCUGUUGACAUAAAGUAUUUACAGGACAAUUCAUUUGACAUUAUUAUUAAUCGUGGUAAAGGCAAUCCGAUUGUACUUGAACGCGCUACUGGUUACUGGGAUGAAGCAGAGAAACAAAUUAUAGCAUAUAUUAGUGGUAUACGGUUUAAAAGUCGUAUCGUGAUGGAUAAGAAUAAUAAAAUUAUUAUAUUUGAUCGGGAUGGCAAAGUAGUUUUACAUGUCCCAGAACCUUUAUAUCUUGAUUCAGGUGUUGCAGAAGUGGCACAUUCCAUAAAAACGCCAAUGCCAUGCAAAAUUUCUCAGGUUCUCGUUCAACCUGGACAAACUGUUGAAAAGGGAUCACCUUUACUGAUAUUAGAAGCAAUGAAGAUGGAGCAUAUAAUAAGGUCUCCAAUUACUGGAAAGAUUGAAAAAGUGUAUUAUAAUAUUGGUGAUUUAGUUGAAGAAAAUAAAGAACUGGUUGCUUUUGCUGAUGGAUGA